UUAUAUUACAUAGCCGAUACCGGAGUGAAGCUCGACAAUAAUCGACGAUAUAUGUACUGUAGAUAUGCUGGUAGUUUUGCCAUGGUCAGCAGUGAUCAAAUAAGCUACAUUGACGUAUCCCCUAAACAGGUAAUAUCAGUUGCAGCCUCUCUGAUCUCAUUUUUAGAAAAUGAUUACGCUAAUAGGGCAUUAAUGUGUUCAAAUAUGCAAUGUGAAGCUGUGUCCCUU